AUGUUCGCCCAGCAAUUCGAACGGGAAGAGAUGUUGAGCUCGAGCAUAAUGCUUUACGUACUGUCAAUCAUCUGGGCACCUGAACACAAUCGAGUGUGCGACGAGUUGUCACAGAAGUGGCCGUGUUGGACACACGAACAGCUGUAUAAAAAGGCCAGGAAGAUUGUAACCGGUCAAAUGAUGAACAUAAUGAUGACCGAAAUCCUAAAUGUGGAACUCAGACCGGAAGUGUACCACCAUCGAAUGGAAAACAUCCAUAGUUCCGGCAAUCCUAUUGAACUGUACUUGACGAUGGCUGUAUCAAAUCUUCCGGAAAAAUUGCAAUACAGUUCAACGAAUUUGAAGUUCUACAAUAACACCAGGUUAGUCUGA